AGGGCUCUCGCCUAGUGGUGUUCCGGGGGACCAGGGGAGGUCGCUCCGGAGCAAGCGGUCGAGAGGAGGUCCGGCAGCGAUCGCCACUGUGGCCUCCCAUCGAUCCGAGAUUCGGAUGGGGGCGGCCAUUUCCCCAAGAUGUCCCGAGAGGAGAGGGGAGAUGCAGAUCGGCUGAGCCAGCGCCGUGGUACCAGAUGGCCGCCAGUCCUGUACAGCGGCACCAAAUGGCCGCCAGCUCAGCGCCACAGCACAAGAUGGCCGCCAGCUCAGUCCCACAGCACAAGAUUGCUGCCAACUCAGCCCCACAGCACAAGAUGGCCGCCAGCCUAGCGCCACAGCCCAAGAUGGCCGCCAGCCUAGCGCCACAGCCCAAGAUGGCCGCCAGCCUAGCGACACAGCCCAGGAUGGCCGCCAGCCUAGCGCCACAGCCCAGGAUGGCUGCCAGCCCAGCACCACAGCACAAGAUGACCGACUCAACGCCACCGACUCUCCAUCGUAGAGGGCGGAGGAGGAGACAGGCAGCUACUGUUCCUCAGGACCCGGAGAACGUUCCCGAGCGGGCCGCUGCCAUCCAUGAGGCCAUUCCCGAUGCGGUGCCCGCUGCUGUUUCGGAGGCGGUGGCUGAGGCUGUUCCCGAUGCGGUGCCCGCUGCGGUUCUGGAGGCCGAGGCGGUGCCCGCUGCUGUUCCGGAGGCCGAGGCGGUGGCCGAGGCCGUUCCCGAUGCGGUUCCCGUUGCUGUUCCGGAGGCCGAGGCGGUGGCCGAGGCCGUUCCCGAUGCGAUGCCCGCUACUGUUCCGGAGGCCGAGGCGGUGCCCGCUGCUGUUCCGGAGGCCGAGGCGGUGGCCGAGGCCGUUCCCGAUGCGGUUCCCGUUGCUGUUCCGGAGGCCGGGGCGGUGGCCGAGGUCGUUCCCGAUGCGGUGCCCGCUGCUGCUCCGGAGGCCGAGGCUGUUCCCGAGGCGGUGCCUGAGGCAGUUCCCGAGGCGGUGCCCGAUGCUGUUCCCGAGGCGGUGCCCGAUGCAGUUCCCGAGGCGGUGCCCGAUGCUGUUCCCGAGGCGGUGCCCGAUGCUGUUCCCGAGGCGGUGCUCGAUGCUGUUCCCGAGGCGGUGCCCGAUGCAGUUCCCGAGGCGGUGCCCGAUGCAGUUCCCGAGGCGGUGCCCGAUGCUGUUCCCGAGGCGGUGCCCGAUGCAGUUCCCGAGGCGGUGCCCGAUGCAGUUCCCGAGGCGGUGCCCGAUGCAGUUCCCGAGGCGGUGCUCGAUGCUGUUCCCGAGGCGGUGCUCGAUGCAGUUCUCGAGGCGGUGCUCGAUGCAGUUCCCGAGGCUGUUCCCGAGGCGGUGCCCGAUGCAGUUCCCGAGGCGGUGCCCGAUGCAGUUCCCGAGGCGGUGCCCGAUGCAGUUCCCGAGGCGGUGCCCGAUGCAGUUCCCGAGGCGGUGCCCGAUGCAGUUCCCGAGGCGGUGCCCGAUGCAGUUCCCGAGGCGGUGCUCGAGGCGGUGCUCGAGGCGGUGCCCGAGGCUGUUCCCGAGGCGGUGCCCGAUGCAGUUCCCGAGGCGGUGCCCGAUGCUGUUCCCGAGGCGGUGCUCGAUGCAGUUCCCGAGGCGGUGCCCGAGGCUGUUCCCGAGGCGGUGCCCGAUACAGUUCCCGAGGCGGUGACCACAAGGCCGUGGUGGUCGUCUGCUCCGCCCUGGGGGACUCUGGCGGUGACCACGAGGACGUGGUGGUCGUCCGCUCCACCCUGGGGGACUCGGGCGGUGACCACGAGGACGUGGUGGUCGUCCGCUCCGCCCUGGGGGAUUCUGGCGGUGACCACGAGGACGUGGUGGUCGUCCGCUCCGCUCUGGGGGACUCUGGCGGUGACCAUGAGGACGUGGUGGUCUUCUGCUCCGCCCUGGUGGACUCCGGCCUCGACCACAAAGACGUGGUGGUCUUCCGCUCCGCCCUGGAGGGCUUUGACUUUGACCACAAGGCCGUGGUGGUCUUCCGCUCCGCCCUGGAGGGCUCUGGCCUUGACCACACGGCUGUGGUGGUCAUCUGCUCCGUCCUGGUGGACGCCUCAACAUGUCCUUCAUGGACUUAUGUUUUGUGUUUUUUGAGUUCUGUUUCUGUCUGUUCCUUUUAGUUUAGUCUGGCCCUCCUUCCCUCCCCCUGAGCCUCCACCUGUCCGCCUCCCUCCUGGACUCCUUGUUUUGUGUUGCACCUUUCCAUUUCUCCUGGUUGCUCCUGUCCCUGUUUUCUGUCCCUCCGUCCCUCCCCCUGGUCCGCCGCCGUUCCACCUCCCUCCUGCCUCUUUUUCUGUUGGGGUUUUCCUGGGUUUAGGUGGAGCAUCUGGUAGCUGCUCCGUAGGGGAGGGGGUAAUGUCACGCUGCCAGUCUUUGUUUUCCUGGGUGUUCCCUAGUGAGCUCACUUCCCCUUAGGCACUUCACCAUAGGCACUUUAUUCCGCUAGUCUGGUUGUGUCUUCACAGUAAUUGCACUCCAAUUAGAAUCGCACAGGUGUUGACAAUACUCUGUCAUUAG